GCAACCCUUAAUCUUUCUGAUUUCUGAUAAUCCGAAUUGUUGCGUCAUUUUGAUGAUUCGAGAAUGGGAAAUUUCAUCUUAAUUUCAUGUGAUUGUUGUUGAAAGUUGGUUACGAGGGUAUUAAUUAACUUUCCAUAAAUAAAUAAAAACAAUUGAGAGAGUUGUUUCGCAAAGAGCACUGCAAAUAGGAAACUCAUUUCCCGCCCGAAUUUGUGUGGUUGGUUUUCUUAUUGGGGUUUGCCUUCCAACAUUAUUUCUGGCCACUCUCAUGACUUAAUUCCCUGGGCACCUUUGCUUUUGGUGGGAAUUCAUUCUCUACAUUUUCAAAUGGAAUCGCUUCUUGGGACUCAAGUUCAGAUAUCAUCAAUAUGGUUACAAAGUGCGACUGCAAUCUUAAACCAAGAGAAACCGAGAAGGUGAUGUGUUCUGAGCAAACUUCUGACGAUAAUAUUGACGAGAGAGUGUCUUUCUUGUACUCGGCUUGGAGUGCUUUGCUCGAUGAAUCAACGAAAGGUGAAGGUGAGUUGCCACAAGGUGCAGAUCAAGUGACGAGAUUUAAUAAUGUGCCAAAAGCCCCUCACUUGGAGAAUUGCAAGCUGAGUGAACAACUCAAUAAAAAACUUGAUAAGCGUGUUGCAAAUGGAAGCUUUCCUCCUUGGACGCUACGGAAGGGACUCUUAAGUACUUACCCUUCGUCGACAGCUAGUGAGCAGCUCAAGUCUAAUGGCGCUUAUCCUCCGUGGAUAACGGGAUCAGAUGAAGAAAAUUAUCCCUUUACUAGGAAAGUACAGCGAGACAUAUGGAUUCAUCAGUACCCUCCGAACUGCAAUGAUCAUAAUGUGAAGUUUCUUGUUGCUGACUGGGAUAGGGCGCAAAGAUUUGGCAUGGGAGCCCAGAUUGCCGGAAUGUGUGGACUUCUUGCUAUUGCCAUCAAUGAAAAAAGGGUCCUUGUUACGAACUACUAUAAUCGGGCAGACCAUGAUGGGUGUAGAGGGCCAUCACGUUCUAGUUGGUCUUGUUAAUUCUUUCCAGAAACAUCCCAAGAAUGUUGAGACCGUGCAUUGCAGUUAAUGAAUGAAAAAAAAAGCAUGGGAAAAGAGGAAUCAUAACAGGAAGGUACAACUAUACAACAGAGCAAAUAUGGUUUGACAAGG